GUCGAGGUGACGCGCCAAUAAUUUUACGGCAGUUCGACCUUCAGGAGCUUAGUGACCACCGUCAAAGGACAAUACUACUGAAUCGUUGAUGCGUAUUUGCAGUUGGUCAUAUCUAUUGGGCAAGGAAGAUUGAGAUAUUUUAGUAGAUGCGGUCUGGCUGAAGUCAGUAACAGACCCUUUGUAGAUAACUGUAUGACCAACGCAAUGAGCUAACAACUACAAUGCUCUUGCUAAAGAUCUUAUUUCACUAACAUGAUAUAAAUUAAUAACGCGAGCUACCAAAGUUAAGUCAUAUUACAUAUGCAACAUGAGUAAAAGUACUACCCCGUCUGAAGAAUUUGGAUAUCCACACCUGCCUGUGCGUCAAAAAUCGGACCAAGAAAGUAUUAGUCAGUGCAUCAAAACUCUAAAAAGUCGCAGACCAAAUACUUUGGAUUUUUCACCUUUAGCUCUUGGAAAUCGUGACAGAAACCAUAAAACAUAUGCAAAACGACCAACUGUUUUAUCUGUUCAUGAUUCUUUACAGAAAUCUGUUUGCAGUACGAGCGCUUAUUCUUCAUCGGCUAUCUCAGAUUGUCCAAUCAAAAGACCUAACUUUUUACCAAUACCUUCACAAGGAAGUAAAUAUCCAGGUUUUCCAAAACCUAGUGACGGACUCAUGCCAGGAAAUAGCAAGAAUACCAUAUCUACAGUUAAAGCCUCUUCUUUAAAUACUGGAAACACUCAUGCUAUACAUCCUGAUUCUAUGGGAUUGUUUAUUAAGGAAAACACACAGUUGUUAAAAUAUCAUACCUGCCGAACUUCAGUAAGAUGUCGACCAAAUAAAUGUGGCCACAUGUCUACUAAGAAUUUUAUAGCAUGGUCGCGGAACAAUACACAGUUAUACAGUGUGCUUUGUUUUGACAAAUUCCGUAUCAUUCAUAAGAGAUUACCCUGUCCAUAUUUUUCUACUUGUAACCAUCAUAAAAGGCGUGGAUUUAAUCAUUCAUCUUAUGUUUUUGGUGGUUCUAGUUACCUUCCACAUUCACAAACGUUCCCUAGUUUACUGUCUUUUCGCAGAUGUUGUUCUUAUACUUUUACCAAACAUAUGAAUUUUACCUCUUCGGAUAUUCGAACUAGUUCCAUUCGCUUGUGUCCACGAUACUGUAGAAGAACCAAUAACUGUAAGUUAUACUAAUCAUAUAUAUUUACCUUAGGGAUAAUGAAUAUCAUUCUAAACACUAAGGUAAGUUGUCAGAUGUAUUCACACUUGCACAAUAGUGAGGAUAUUAUGGUAUUGAAUCGCAUGUUAAGGAGUAUCUUAGUGAUAAAAGUACUUGAUUCUAUAAAAUCGAAACCCAUUACUUGAUUUCAUUUGAGCUGUUUGGGGUGCGAAUCUUUUCCUGUGUACUGGAUUAAAUGAGUUAUUUGAAAAAUUCGUUUCCCUUAUCUAAGGAGACGUAGGAUAGUUUUUUCGUGUAGUUAACCUUGGGUAGUGCUAGAAACGUUUUGGCGAACACAGUCUACAAAUUCGUCUGCCUAUACUACGAUCUGGAAAAUUCAACUAAUUUGGAUUCACAGUAAUAUCAACUGACUCAGAACAUAUGGUAGAGGGGUCUUUGCCGGUUAUUUAAGGUAUUCUUAGAGGAAAGAAAAAUCUUUUAAUCAUUGUUUAUUGACGAGUGAUCAAAAAUCAUGUCAGCAUAUCAUAAUUCAUUUGGCUUAAAAUGUGCUGAUAAUUGUACGUGCUACUUAAAUUUUUUGUCCGGAUUUUUGUUUUAAGCCUAGCCUAAAUUCAUAAUAAAAUAAUGAGUUCUAUAACCACUAUAGUAAAAGUAAAAGAAUUCUCUAAUAUUAUUUGUGUAUUCCAUCAUACUUAAUACAAUUCGAUUUACUGUUUACAUAAAGUAGGCCUAGUCUUUAUGGUCAUGUUCACCAGUAAAUAGAUAUUCAAGUGCUUGAUGCCGUUUUCCUGUUCCUAAGAUGAUUUUCAUUACCGGAUAAAAGUCGGUUAAUAAACCUCUGAUAAUCAGAAUACAGCGGCAAGUUGGUUAAUUCCAACCUCGGACUUAAGCUUUAUGUGAAUUGAUGUAGUUUAUCAAUAUCCAUAAAACAUUAGUUCUGCCGUUUGUGUAACUUUUUCACUGCUUAUUGUUUAACACACCAGGCUGUUUUAUUUUAAUCAACUGUGAUUAAAAAUAUAAUUAUAAUUGUUGCUGAUAUUGGUGCAAUCUUAUAUUGUGUUAAACUAUUCUCUGUAAUAUUUGAUUACCUGGUUUGGAUUACGUUGAAAAUUAACCUCAUCAUCUGUUGUCUACUUUCCAAAUUAUUCGCGGUCAUCUUUUACAGUACACUGUUAAAUGUAGAAAUCAUUAACAAUUUAUAGUCUAAUGUAAAAUAAUAUUUGUCUUUUAAAAUAAUUUUGUCAUUUCAGUUUACUUAUAUUUUUAUUCCAAACAUUAAAACCCAUUAUUAAUAGUAAACUAGUGACUUUUGUUUUUAACAGCCGUUGGUACUGUAACUUUCGGAAAACCCAGUGAAACUAUCGAAGGUCCAGCUUUUGACUCAACGAACUUACCCGAAGUCUAUGACAUACUAAUGAAAUCAAGUAAAAAGCUUGGUGAGCCCACUAAUAAACCGCAUAUUGAGAAUGUUACACUACCCACUACUAUAUCUAACGAUAAAAAUGUGCAGACCAUAAAUAUUAAUAUUAAUGAUGCAAAUCACGUCUUUCAACUGCGGAUCGAUUCUUCGUUAACAAAUACUAGCCUUGAUGAGAACUGUUCGGACGGCAAACAGUUGCAUACUACCAAAAAACUACAACAAAUUCAACCUAAUGGAGAUAUUUGGCCUCCUCUGGUAAUCAGUUCCCAUCCAGAAUUGGUUCUUCAGUUCAAUCCUCCCGUUGGACUUUUACUUUCACUUCUUGAGAAUACAAACAAAACGUCUGGUGAUUUGUAUAAUAAGAAUGUCCACGAACUAACUAUUGAUUCAGAGAAGGGUACUUUAGACCCAGUGACCAUGACACCAGUAACACAAUCUGAAUGCUUAUCUAAGUCAGAUAAUGUGUCUCCUGGCAUAACAAUAGCUCUCACUCGGAAUCUCCAUAUUCGUGUUCAUUCAACUGAAUUAAAUUGCUGUUUGAAGCAAUCAGCUUGGUGUUUCUCAUCGAGUGGCUUUUAUCAGUUUGGUCAAGAAGAAAUUGUAAUUCUGUUACGUAGACGUUUUGAUGAAAAACUACCACCAAUGGAGAUAUUUUAUCAAUACUGGCUUAUAUAUCAAGCUUUAGUGAAUUAUGCUGAGAAACAAGUUAAAAGUGAUGUUAAUUUUGAAUCCUUCAACUCUCAAACGUAUAAUAGACCGUUCGGUUCAGCACCAUUUCGUUCACAUGAUUGUUUCUUUGAAAAACUUUACUUUGCAAAUGAUCGUUGUUCUAGUUCACCCUGUACUGACUCAGAUAUGACGAAUGGUUACUAUUGGCUUAAUUCCAGAUCUUUAACAAGUAGUAAUUAUGGAAGUAGCAAUCCAUAUGGAUUCGUAUUUUUCCAUCCAACUCACCAAUGUUUAUUAGGCCUACAUCUACCAAAUCCACCGUUCUUAAUCGCUCUACUAGUGCAUAUACAAGAAGCACCUUGGGCAUAUCAUCUACCGAGUAGAAUUUUAUUGAAUCUAGGCAAAAUGUCACAUUAUUAUCCAACUACUUUGUUAUCCGACCGUGAUCGCAAGAUUUUAUUUGAUUGUAAACUAGACGGAGAAAGCUUCUUACAAUUAUUCACUAAUAUAGAACCAUUUAUCUAUCCAGAUUUCAUGACAUUUACACCUAAACAAAGAUGUAUUCCAUUACCAGAAUUAUUAUUUCAUAUAAAUGGAUUCUAUGCACAUUUGAAUGUAGUUAAAAGUGAAUCGGAUACGAAUACUACUACACAUAAUAAUGGUGUCGAAGAUGUAAUUGUGGAGCUUCUAAUACCCAUGUCUUCAUGUGCUUCUGUGGCUAGGUUUCUAGACUCGAGUGCUAUGGAGUCAAUGACAUUUGCCCUAUCAGCCGAUUGUAACCCAAUGUCCGAUUCCCAUUUAGUUUGUUCGCAGUCAAAAAUACUACACAAAGGAUCUAAAGACAACCACAAUAAGUUAAUUUGUCAGAAUGUGACCAGUUCACAAAUGACCUCAAAUCUAAAUUAUUUUACUGACCAAAAUUGUUUUCAGACCUUCGAGACUGAGGCUAUUUCAAUUGAAAAUACAAGACUCAAGGUAACUGGUCUGAGCUUUGUAGCUUUUUCUGGUCAUGCCUCAUUUUGCAGUGCAAUAAUCGUCGAGGAUGGAUUAUAUAUUUCUAUGACAAGUUUAAAAUUUCAUCAGCUUGUCAAUAGUUUGAAAAAUGGUUACGAUUUAUCAAUUCCUAUACGAUCAAGUCGUAACAUCCAACCAUCUACAAUAGUAGAACAUAUCAAUGGUGAUUUUGGAGAUGAUAUUUCGAAUCGCGAUCCACUUAACGGAAAUGUUGCCUCAUCAGUUCACGUAAAGUGGUUUAAAGUGUUUGAUUCAUUUUUAUCAAGUGCUUCAUUUAGUACUACCGUCACUCCAUGUUGCACUAAUUCUGCCGGCAUAUGGGACUUGGAACCUAUUACUACAUUCUUAGUGCCAGUUCAUUACCAACUAUGGCACUGGAUACAUCUGAACGAAAGUAUUAUUCCAAGCAGUGAAAGUCAAUUAAGUUCUUUAUCGACUACCAAAUCAAGUGAUCCACCGUUUUUACGAUUGGCAUGGAUUCGAUUUCAUGUGUUAAACGUUGAUCAAUUGGAAUUUAUUAGUACAUCCUCAAGUAAAACAAUAACUUUUGGGCAUUUUUCUAAUGAAGUAGCUGAAUGUGUAAUCAAGGCGCUUCGACCUUACCUUGGUCAUCUCCUAAACAAUAAUCGUACACAAAUCACACUACGCAUUCUGUUGCAACCACCAGAUCAGGUUGGCUAUCGGAUGGGUGCUUCAUGUCAGGAGGUAUACACACUGCACAACCAACUGGAUUCAUCAAGCGAUCUUGAAAAUGCCAGCUGUGAGAAUUGUGAAGAAAUGUAUGCUGACGCAUUAGACGACAUACUGUUGCCUGUAUUAUCUUCAUGGACUAGUUGCUUAAAAACCGUCGAUCUAAAUAUAAAGGAAAUCGAACGCCGCUCACCGAGUACUUCUAAUUCUUGUUAUCAUCUAAAUGAAGUAAUUCAGAUGGAAUUUGAUUUUUGCAUUUUAAACUAAAGUUAUGUCAGCUAGGAAAGUAUGUUAGAUAUAACGUUUGUAUCAAACGCUACAAAACAAUCUGUACCCAAUUAUUCGGAUCUUUGCUUCUUUUUGUUCGUUCUAGUUUGUUAUUUUGUUUAAUUGAUCCCUCGAUUAGGUGACCUCAAUAGUUUACUUUUUUAAGUAGCAUAAUUUAUUUGCUACUCUCCUAAACCAGUGUUCCCUAUUUUCUCUCUUUAUGUAUAUAGUGAUUUACGUGUUGACCUCCAUUCAUUUGUUGUGAUAACUUGUAUUUGUGAGUCCUAGUUCCUUAUUUUUGUUGUUAUCUAACUUCGAUUUGAAUAUCCAUGAAAUAGUUUAUUAAGCGAAAUUGUAGAUUUUUUCCAGUUGUUUCUUGAGGGGAAAGUCGUCUUGUUUUUUUUGGAAGACGCUUUCGGGAGAUAAGACAUAGCAUUCGCUUUUCAAAUAAAUCCAACAUCGAG